CUCCCACUCCCUCCCCUCCUGGCCCAGUCUCUCCCCGCUCCUCUCCUCUCUCCCUCCUCUGCCUUUCCUCAGCAUCCCCCCUCUCGGAGAUGGCGUUUGUCGGUGUUGCUCAGGCAUCUGGGGCCUAGUCUGCACGGAUUGCAUCCCCUUCCAGCUGGUUAUUUUUAUUUUUUAGGGUUAAGGGGACAGGCUGCGUCCUUCAUUACUUGUGCACCCUUGCAGCUCUCCCAUUGCCCUCUUCUUCUCUGUGAGGGGCGAGCUGGGAGUCAGGUCCUUGGAGAGGAUUCGGAGGAAAUUGUGCGGGUGGUGGUGAUUUGGCGACAGCAUGCCCUGCCCAGGCUGCCCCUGACCGGUCAGAUCUCUCCCUGUCCACCGCCUGCGCAGCAGAGGGCAACAUAGGAUGAAAAUCUGCAACCAUGAUGCAAGGACUGAAAAACCGAACCAGGAAAGCCCUGGGUUUACGAAAAAAAGAGAAGGACACAGACUCGAGCUCACCUGACAAAGAAGGAGGUGGCAAGAAAGGAAAUAAAAAGGCAAAUGGGGCUCCUAAUGGUUUCUAUGGGGAGAUCGACUGGGACAGAUAUGCCUCUCCUGACGUGGAUGAGGAAGGUUUCAGCCUCCGGCCUGGGGAUGGAGGUGAUGCAGCUUCCAAAGAAAAGCAUUUUUUGUCCUCCAGUGACUCGGAAGAGGACGAAGAUAGAAAGAAGAAGUUCAAAAUCCGGAUCAAACCGCUGGUGUCGGACAGCCCCAGACGCAUCCCUCCAUCCAUGGAUGAGCUGAAAGCCUCAGUGGGGGGCCUGGCGCUCUCCCCUUCUCUGAAGAGAAGUCCGAGACGCAGUCCGAGGCAGAUAAAAAGGAAUUUGUCAUGCGAGGAAAUUGCAAGACCCCGACGUUCGACCCCGACACCGAUGGCGGCUCCUGAAAUGCAGAGUGACUCGUCACAGCAAACCGUUCUUCCUUUGUUUGGGUUUGGGUUUCCUUCAGACAGCAGACAAAGCAGAUAUGAUGUGGUACCAGGGUGUGUCAGAGGAGAAUCUCGACCUCGUUCUGAAUCCCAGCUGAGCAGAGGUUUUCCAACAGGAGCCCCUCCUCCUCUUCCUCCUAAAAACAUUCCAUCGAGAAGCCAAUAUGGCUGCCCUUCAGACUUUGCAGUUGAUCUACCCAAUGGCAGGGCAGCUCGCAGCUCUGCCCCCAUCUACCUGAACGCCCUCUCCCCAGCCUCUUACCGAAGCUCUCCGGCCCCCGACCUGGACGACGUGUUUGGCCCCGUGGACAGUCCCCACACCCGUGAGGACACUGCAUCUCCCAGAUGGGUCACUUUUACGGACGACAGACCUCCACCGCCGGAUGAACCUGCCCCCCCACCACCACCUGACUCACCUCCCCCAGACACACCCUCAUCCACCCCUUCAACUCCUUGUUUCUCUCCGGGACCACCACCAAACGAACCCCCUCCUUUUCCCCCACCAUUUUCCCCCAGGUCGCCUCCUCCUCCUUUUAUGCCCCUGGACUCUCCGCCCUCCAUCGUGCUUGGACCCCCCCCUCCAGAUGAGCCAGCCCCUCCCCUGCCCCCCGACUUCUCACCCAGUAGCUCCCUCCCCGUAUCCCCUGAUGAGGAGGCAGUGGACGAGGAGGUGCUUCAGUUUGCAGGGUACGCUUCCUCAGCUCCCCCCACCAGCUCCAUCACCCCACUGCCAACGGAGCCGAGGUCUCCUCGAGCAGGAGUCACGUCCCCACUUGUCCACGGGGUUGUGGGGGGAAAACGGACUCCAGAGGGGGUGUAUCAGAGAGACAAUAUACCUGACAUGACAGGCUCUCCCAGGGAGCUGACACCCAGCUUCAGAGGCACACCCCCUCCUCUUCCUCCAACCACCUACAGGUCCAUUAUGUCUUCUCCGGGCCCACACUCAGGCAGCAGUCCUUCAUCUCCAGUUCGUCCAACCACUCCUCAGUCUCGAGGCAGCCCGAUCCCUCCACCUCCUCCUCCUCGCCCGUCUUCAAGACCAAAGCUGCCACAAGGAAAGCCAAUCACAGACCUGAGUCGGUCGUUCAGUCCGCCAGUUUCAGGCAGCCCUCCGCCUUUUGCACCCCUGGCCAGAGCAGAGAGCUCUUCUUCCAUCUCCUCCGUUACCUCGCACAGCGCGGCGUCCACUCCCACCUUAGGGAAAGACCUCAACAUGCCCUCCACAGAGGCCUCACAGCCUCUGCUUUGGUUUGACCAUGGCAGGUUUUAUUUUGCCUUUGAAGGGUGCUCAAGGGGACCCAGUCCACUCACCAUGGGACCCCAGGACACUUUACCUGUUGCAGCUGCAUUCACAGAAACCAUUAAUGCCUACUUCAAAGGCGCCGACCCCAGCAAGUGUUUGGUGAAGAUCACUGGAGAAAUUGUGCUUUCCUUUCCUGCAGGCAUAACUAGACAUUUUGCCAGUCACCCAACUCAACCCAUCCUCACUUUUAGCAUCAGCAACUACAAUCGACUGGAGCAGGUCCUUCCCAACCCACAGCUGCUGUGCUGUGAUUCCACGACAAAUGUUGUGGGCACCAAGGAGUUCUGGGUAAAUAUGCCAAACCUGCUGAGUCAUCUGAAGAAAGUGGCUGAACAGAAGCCCCAGGCCACCUACUACAAUGUAGAUAUGAUUAAAUAUCAGGUGUCUGCAGAGGGGAUUCAGUCUACUCCUCUGAACCUUGCGCUGAGCUGGCGGAGUGAUUCCACCAGCACAGACCUUAGAAUAGAUUACAAAUACAACACCGAGGCCAUGGCUGCACCAGUGCCGUUACACAACAUCCAGUUCUUGGUCCCAGUAGACGCGGGGGUAGCCAAACUGCAGGCCAUGGUCCCUCCUGCCAUCUGGAACCCAGAGCAUCGGACCAUACAGUGGAAUAUCUCGAGUCUUUCUCAUAGGUCAGAAAACGGAGGAGUAGGAGCUCUCCUGGGCCGGUUCCAGAUGGUUGAAGGUCCCUGUAAACCCUCCCAGCUGGCGGUCCAGUUCAGUAGCGAGGGCAGCACUCUGUCAGGGUGUGACAUUCAGCUGGUUGGGACCGGCUACAGGCUGUCGUUGGUGAAGAAGAGAUUUGCUGCAGGGAAAUAUUUGGCGGACAACUAGGGGACUUCUUUGUGAACAGAGCCAGGAGAAUCAAUGACUUUCGACUGUAAAGAUGAUGGCUAUGUCUCAUUUUUAGUGCACUUCAUAACUCACGGAGUUGACACCGUGUUCAGUAGACUGAUCCGCUGCUGAGUUUAUGCAAGCAAACACAAAUCAUUCAUUGUGUGCAAAUGAAACCCUUAUGUGGAGUAAAAUCUGAGGAAACCCAGAUCUUUGUUCUUGUCAAAUGUUAAAAUUGUACAUUUCAUGCAAUGAUCCAGAUUCAUUUAAAGUUUACCAACUGGUUGUCUUUGCAUAUGCACUUCAAAAGAUCAUUUGACAGUAAAGCCAGUCUGGUAAAGCUGAGAAACUUUGAAAAGUGAGGCAGGUGCUGCUUUGGCCAUGUCGGAAAACAGAUUUGAGGUCUGUUGUCAAAUCUUAAGUUCCACCUCAGAUUCAUUUUACUUCCACUGUGUGUGACUGACUGUAUUGCCGUUCAAACCGAAUAUUUUCUUUCAUUUAGAAAAGCUCAGAAAAUCUCCAAUUUCAUCAAUUCUGUGCAAAGGGAACCGGUCUGUUUUAAACUGGAAAAAAACAAACAUUAUUUUGAAUUUUGGAUUGCUUUUGAUGUGGAAUCUUUUCAGUAAUAUAUUUCCUGAACUUUGUUAAAAAAUUAUCCUCCAUAAGAUCUCAAUGUGCUUAUAUUCAAUAUUUUAUAUAUAAAAAAAAUAAAAAUAUCAAACUAACUUUAGUUAAAAAAGACAACAUCAUCUUACACUGACAGUAAUGUAAUUCCAAACUUGGUAAAACUUAUUUUUUAAAUAUAACUAACUCACAAUGUUUUAACAAUACCUAGAAUCACAUUCACAUUUUAUAAAAUUGAAAGUUGUUUCAAAACAGCUUGAAACAGUUUCUAAAAGGUAAUAAAUGAUGGUACAUGUCUUUGUGACUGAACAACUGAGUGAUAUUUUGACAAAAUUUAGUUUAUGGGCAAAAUUAUUUUUUGGUUUUCAGAAUUAGUGCCAUCACAAUCAAUUAUGACAGAGAGCCAAUAGUGGCUUUGCAGUUUUAUUGGGUGCUUUUACCACCUUUAAUAUCAUUUCCUGGGUUUUAAUGCCACUUAUUAUGAUUUAUGUUACGCCAAAUAGAAGAUUAAUGAUCUAGCAGCUACUGUAGACUGAUCUUUUUAGAAAACUCAACCUAAAAACCAUACUUUUUAGAAAGCUUUCAAUAUUUAUGACACAUGCAGAAAGAUGUGAGGGUGCCAUAUGUUAAGGAAAAGGAUCCACUGGUUUCCUGAGGAAUCCUGGUUGAUGCUUGUUGGAGCUGCCUUACAUGCUGCUUUAAAUCCUGGAAAAGUCUUUUAUUGGGGUGGGGGGAGGACAAGGUUUUAACAGAGAGCUUGAGUACAGUAAUAUAAGUAACUAAGUCAGUUACCUCUUUUUUAACCCAAUAAAAUACAUCCUAAACUAUCAACUCUGAGGUUUUUAGUGCCACGCAAAUACAAAUACAGCAAUACAGGUUUCUCUAGUCUGAUAUCAUUUCAAGACAGUAAACCUAAAAAACAAAAACAAAGUGUGCAAUAAGUCUGCUCAUAAUUCACCUACAUGGAAAUUUAACUUUAGCAUCGUUAUCUUCAUACUAACCAUUGGGGAAGUAGUUUGGUACAUUGAUCUUUGCAGCAUUGCUUAUGUUCACGAGUGUUAUUUACCUUUUAUCUGCAGCAUUUCAGGGCCUACUCAUGCCAGGUGAUGUGUGCUGAACCGUGCCACAACACAACUGACUUCUCCUAGGCCAGUGCUCCCUUUGCUCACGACAGCUUGUGCCUGACCUUGUUUGCCACUGUUUUUAUGAACCUCAUACAGUAGGUGGCAGCAUUUCAUUUUUGGUUUACCAUCAAUAAUAAUAAUUUAAAAAAAAAAGAAAAUUGCAGGGACUGCUGAAAGAGGUUUUAUAGGGCUAAAAGCAUAAUGUUUAAGUUUUUAAAUGUGGUCCGUCUUUUUCCUUUUUGCUAUGGUUGCUAUGGUUGUGGUUUUACGUCGAGCCAUUUUGGGCAAAAAUUGGCAUUGGGAGAUUUGAAAAAUCUUGCUACUGUACCUUUAGAGAUCACACUAGAUAUGUAACCUUCUCAAAGUCUGCAUUUUGUUACUGUUAUCUUAAAUAUGGCGGAGCACAGACGUGUUGUAUAAACAAACCAAGAAUCUUGUUUUGAAUUUGAAGUCAAGUGUGCUCUGGUACACUUUGAAUGGCCUUGUCUGAACAGAUCGCAGCCCUCACUUUUAGUCAAAGUAACUCUCAAUUUGAACCCAAUGACUCAAACUGGCAUCAAAUGCAACUUCCCAUCUUACAUCUGGUUCAAGAAUACGCCAACACAGGAGCUCUUGAACGUGCUUUUAGCAUAUAGUGUUCACACUGGACUGUCGCUACUCAAUACUAGCGCAUGUCUGCCACCCACAGUUGGAAGAGGAUAGGUGCGAAAUAUCGAAGUGGUGCAAAUCUUGUGAAUUUUGCUCCAGGCUUUUUUUUUUUGCAGCUCUAUUCCGUCAUAUGAAAGACUUGUCAUAUUAUCCUGCCCAGAUGCAGUUAUUAAUUUCUCCUUCAUGAUCAAUUAUCAAACGGUUGGUACUUCCGUGUGUGAAAAAUGCUACCCACACCAAAGCCAAAGUUGGUCAAAGUUUAAGUUUAACUGGUUUAACUUUUGCGCGUUUACUGGCUGCGUGUUUUGUACUUUGAGGCCAAAACCAGACUUAAAAAUGUGCGUUGUUGCGUAUGAACGGGAGACUUUUGAACGAGUAAGCCUAAAAUGUGCAUUUAUUUUACAUAGACUUCACGUUGAAAGUGGUAGCUUGAAUGCAUGUUUCCGAACCCGGUGGGAAAGUGGCAUGAUUUAAAACAGUGAGGGUGUGCUUGGUGUUGCCCAUGUUGUAAGUAUUAGAUUUCUGCUUAAGAAGACAUGGCAUAGCCAGGUUGAACACAAUGUGAAGCUGUGACACUGAGAGCCACAACAGCAAGACGGUUUCCUUUUUGUCUGACAAAAAGACAAAAGUUCCAAGAGUUGGGGUGCUAACUUUUGCAUUUCCCUGUAGGACUGUCGGAAACAUCAGAGUAACACAAAAAAAGUCUAUUUAUGAAAACAGCACUAAUACAAUCCUUGACUUAUUUUCUUCCCUCAAUGUCAAAUAAAUGUGAUAUUUUUUUCUAAUAGCAAUAUUUAAAAACUUAAGUUUAAAAAGUGUACAUAAAAAGUUAUGGUUCAAAUAUUUCUCUGGGCAAAUUGAUGUUUCUGUGAGUGUCUCAUGGUUUGUUGAUGUCGGCACUCAUCAUGCGUUUGAUUGAGAGCGCACAGCGCUCUGUUCAUCUCACAUGCAGGUCGACAAGAAUCGUUGCUGGCCCUGCAUGAGAGCUGCAUUUGUCCAUCGCCAGUCCCCAACAGUGAGAUUUUGGGUUUGUCUCAAUGCAGCUGUUGUGUACCGUGUGCUAUGGGAUGAGACUUAUGCCUCCAUUUUUAAGUCUCUUCUCACUGUUUUGAUGUUAAUGCACCUUCGGGAACCCAUCCUCAUUAUACUUGGCAUGUCAUUGGUAUACCUACAACCAUGCAAUGUUAGGUGUUCGAUAUUAUCCUGUGUUUGACUGGCACACAAAUCUAAUUUGUGGAAAAAAGGUCAUAGCUUCAUGUUCAUCCUUCGUGGACAUCACAUCGUAUGGAAUGUUUUGUGUUGACUUAACACUUUGGGCCUGAUUAUAAGACUGAAUAUAGUUUCUUAGAAAAGACAGAUUGUUCUUUCAGCUAAAGAAGAGUUCACUUUUUUUUUUGCCUUAUUUUGAACAGAGUAAUAUAUUAGUACCUGAUGUUUUCUGUAAAUGUUGGUCUACAGCAUUGGUGCUGUAAUCGUUCACUUCAUUAAAAGAGGGAUUAUGCAAUCAUCUAGUGUAAAUUUCUCAUCCAAAGACUUUGAAAUUAAAUUCAUGGAUUGAAUAAUCUAAA